AUGAAUUUUGGGGGCGUUUUUCUGAAGCCAAAAACCUACCAAAAGGGUCCGAAUUUUCUUUGCCAAAAAUUGAGGACAUUGUUGUUGAGGUUGUUGUAUUGGUGGAUGUGGAAUUUGUGGAAUCUUGAGAAUCUUGAUGUUGAUAGGAAGAAGAUGUGGAGGAAUUUCGGGGGAUUUCUGGUUGCGCGGGGGGUUUCUGGAAAAUAAAGGAAAUUUGGAGCAGUUGAGGUUUUUGAUUUGCCACGUCAUAGACAUUUGAGUUCAGAGAAAAGUGAUUUUUUCUAGAAAUUCUGAACAAAAAUCCAAUUAGGAAAUUAAUUUUUUAAUUUCACUAAUUUAUAGAAAAUUAAUUUAUGAAAAUCAAAAAUUUUAAAGAACUUCAAUUUCAUCUUACAAAUUUUCCCCAAUUUCGCCUGAAAUCCUUAAAAAACCAAUAUUUCAGGAAUCGAAGAUGAACCCGAAGAAUUUCGACCACCCCCACUGAAAAAACCAAAAGGUAGUGUUUCCUCAAAAUUUUCCACAUUCAAAAAAUCUUUUUUUUUGCAGUUGAGAUACCCGAAGAUCCUCAAGAAUUUUCGCAAAUCUACAAAAUCCCCGAAAAACCUAUAGGUAUGUUUUAUUUUUGGUGAAAAAUUACCUGAAACUCUGGUAGAUUUCCAAUUGUUGAUCUGCGAUUUUCGGGGAUUUUCUCGACUUUUAAAUGUUUUUCGGAUUUGGCGGAACUUGCUGCCAAAUCGUAGAACUCAAUCAUAUUUCGAUACAUUUUCAGAGAAAGUGGUGAAAAUCGAGGAAGAAGAAGAAGAUCUGGAAGAAACAUUGGUGAAAAUCGAGGUGGAAGAUCUGGAAUACGAGCCGAUUCAACGUGAGAAGCUGGAAAUUUUUGGAAAAAAGAAAGUUGGAAGACCGAAGAAGAGUGUAAGAGUUGGAGAAGGUAAUUUUUUUUUUUAAAUGGCCCGGCAACGGAGAUUAUGAGUACUUUUGAAAAUGUUCAAAUGUUGAUGAAUGAAACUCAAAAUGCAUUUACUUCACAGAAAAUUGAAGUUGAACAUAAAUUUCAGAAAAAUAAAAAAACUGAAAAAAUAAAAGAUAUAUGUGGCCGAACUAUUUUGGUGGCCGAGAAGUGUCGGGAAUUCGGCCAGAGCAACAAACUCGCUCUAAUCUUGCAUUGUUGGAGCGCGUUUGUUGCUUUGGCCGAGUUCCCGACACUUCUCGGCCACCAAAAUAGUUCGGCCACAUAUAUCUUUUAUUUUUUUCAGUUUUUUUAUUUUUCUGAAAUUUAUGUUCAACUUCAAUUUUUUGUGAAGUAAAUGCAUUUUGAGUUUCAUUCAUCAACAUUUGAACAUUUUCAAAAGUACUCAUAAUCUCCGUUGCCGGGCCAUUUAAAGUUGGAAGGUUUUCGGAUUUGGCGGAACUAGCUGCCAAAUCGUAGAAUUCAAUCAUAUUUCGAUACAUUUUCAGAGAAAGUGGUGAAAAUUGAGGAAGAAGAAGAAGAUCUGGAAGAAACGGUGGUGAAAAUCGAGGUAGAAGAUCUGGAAUACGAGCCGAUUCAACGUGAGAAGCUGGAAAUUUUAGGAAAAAGGAAAGUUGGAAGACCGAAGAAGAGUGCCAGAGUUGAAGAAGGUAAUUUUUUUUAAAUUUUUUUAUAAAAGUUCGAAGGUUUUCGGAUUUGGCGGAACUUGCUGUAGAACUCAAUCAUAUUUCGAUACAUUUUCAGAGAAAGUGGUGAAAAUCGAGGAAGAAGAUCUGGUAGAAAAAGUGGUGAAAAUCGAGGUAGAAGAUCUGGAAUACGAGCCGAUUCAACGUGAGAAGGAAAUUGCAGGAAAAAGGAAAGUUGGAAGACCGAAGAAGAGUGUCAAAGUUGGAGAAGGUAAUUUUUUUGAAGGGGAAAAAGUUACUUUAUGAUUUUGAGCUGGGAAGGGAGAAGAUCAUUCAAAAAAUCGUACAAAAAAUUUCAUAAAAAUCUUGAAACGUACAAUUUCCAUUUUUAGAAUGACCGGAUUUCCGAGAUUUUUUCAAAAAAAAUUAAUUUUUUUCUGCUAAAAAUUGAGAAAUCAUAUAUCCGUUUUACUUCAAAAAUCUUCGAUUCUCACAAAAAAAAGCAGAGUUUUUGUUAAGUUAAAGCGCUUAAAAAUUGCAACAAAAUUAUCCAAAAAAAAAUUUUUUUCUAUAGAACAAAAAAAGUGAUGUUGAUGGGGAUUAAGGCUCAAAAACACAUGUAAAAAUAAAUUUAUUUUUCUAAUUUUUGAUCCAAGAACAUGGAAAAUGAGUGGGGUAAAAUUGAAAAAAAAAAAACAAUUUUUUCUCGUGAUUUUUCAGCCGUAUGAAAAUUGAGCAAGUUUUUUUUAGUUUUUUAAGCGAAAAAAAUCCUUGGCUCCGCCCAUUUUUCGAUGAAUUUCCGGACAGGAAAUUCUUAAGACACGCAGCAAAAUUGAACUUUUAAGACAAAGUUCGCAACUCGUUUUUCAUGGAAACCGCAGGACAGAGAAAGGUCAAAGUGAUUUUGAGUUUGAGUUUGCAAGAAAAAAGUUGGAGUGGACCUUUUUUUGGAGAAAAAUGUGUGUGGUUCAGUGAUUUUUGAGGGGGAUUUCCGGAGAUUUUUUGGGGGGAAAUUUAGUGUCGAAAUUUCAGAUUUAAAAAAUUCUGAAAUUUUUCUGCAUACAUCAGUAUCCCCGGAUUUUCGCCCUGAGGGGGUCUGGCUAACUUUGAAAAAAAGGCGUGGGGACUGGCUAACUUUUUGAAAAAAUAACAAUUUACAGCCCAAAAACCAAGUUUUUUCUCUUUUUUUUUUGAGGGGGUCUGGCUAAUUUUUGAAUUUUCACAUUACGGGGGUGGCUAAUUUUGAGGCCCUGACCUGGAGAAACUGAUGUAUGUUUUUCUGUAUUAUUUUCAGCCUGAAAAUGUUUUUUUUCGAAAUUUCUGAAAUUAAUUUUGAACAAAUAUUUCAAGAAAAUCCUAGAAUUGAUGAUUAUCUGAAAUUUAUUCAUUUUUUCAAGAAAUUUCAGUGAAAAAUCAAUUUUCCAGCUCCGGAAAUUUCUCAAGUUCUUCUGAAAUCAAACAUUCAAAUUUACGAGAUCUCUGAAAAUCCCUAGAUUUUUCAGAAAUCGGAAAUAUCGUCAUAAUUUCCUUGAAUUUUUUACGAGGACAUUUUUCGCCAAAAAUCAUGAAUUUUCAGAAAAAAAGUGCAAAUCAUGAAAUAUUCAUCAAUUUUUCCAUGUCUAGAAAAAAUUUUUUCCCAAAAAAAAAUUUCAAAAUUUUCAGGAAAUUGAGUUUUUGUGUAGCCAAUUGUGAAAUUUUCAGCUGAACCGUGAAAAUUUGUAUUUCCUUUUGAUUUUCGUACGAAAUUCUGUGUAGUCUAGAAUUCUCAAUCGAAUUAGCCAAAGUGUAGACGUAGGCAAACUUGCAAAUUCUAUUUUUUCCAGAAAAAUCGACCAAAGGCUGA